UGGCAUGAGUUCACCCGCCAGACAGGUGCUUUGCUGGGCAAGCCCCAGCGUUUGAGAGCUCUUGAAAACACGCUUUUUUCCCAAACGUGGUGUACUCAAAAAGGCGGGGCAUAGCACCGAGUGAACACGGGCGUCGAGGUGACCGAUAGCGUUUCCCAGCAACCCUGGAACACGCCGACAACAGCCUGCGCCAGGCUGACCUGACAGGAAAUUGCUGCUACAGAGGCUCUCAAUUGUGAUGUCACUACCACGUCCUCGCCGCAUUAUUUUCAGUGAGCGUUGUAGCCUGCACUUCCUGUGAUUUUCUGCUCCUAAAAUACCCGCGUUGUUUACAGUCACCCUUCUGUGAGGGAAUAGAAUGUCAGGGGCGAAGGGCGAGGGGCACUUUUAAAACACUUAUAAACCAUAAUUAAACCAGCACUGGCAUCAAAGGGUUCCUGCUGCCAAGAUAUAUAUUUUCCUUUUCUCGCAGCGCUGCAUUCCGAUUUUUACAGCUGUGAAAUUCUAGGCAAAGUUUGGAUAAGACCGGUUUAUUUGUCCAGCUUUUUUUUUAUUUGUUUUUUUCUGCCGACCGUUAACGGGCUAAUUCGGCUUCGUCCUCUCCUGUCUGUCACUCGCGCAUUCAUCGUUCCUUGCUUUGAGCGUCCAUCAGAAUGCCGCUGGGAGUCACACCUCCCGCCUCUGAGCUGCUUUUUCUUCCUUAGCCGUAAACCACUAGCGGUUUCCUGCCCGUUUCCACAAGCCUGCAGGCGUGCUCGUGUGGAUGCUAUUUGGAAACUCAAUCCUCAAUUUGAUACUGAAUUAUGCCGGACCCCAUUCCUCCUGAUUUCCUGUAAUUCUAUACCGGCGGGGUAAAAAUAUUAGCAGCGGUUCGGCGAAGGAGAAACUUUAGACACGUUGCUGCAGCCUGAAGUAGCGCUGGGGCUCCUGACGCUCUCAAGCAGAGGGUGUGCAGUUCUGUGGAGUUUGAGUCUGAAACCGUGAGGAGGGCUGCUGCAGUAUUUAUUCGGCAUUUAUUUAUUUAUUGAUUUAUUUCCUGUAUUUAUUUCUGACGGUUGGAUGUGUGCGGGAGGGUGUGAAUGCGAUGAGGUCGGGUCAGCUGAGCGCUCUGGCUCUAAAGUGGGGGCGGCGUGGUUCCCAGUGGCCGAGCGUGUUCUGGCUCCUUAAAGACACAGACCAUUAGGAUUUCUGCAGUCUCGCGGGCUGUUCCUUCCAGUUGUGCUUACACUUCAGAGUUCAUCUGACCUCCCCUGGCUAAUAACUUCAGCGCUGCUCCAGGAGGAAUGUAGGCUGUCGCUGGAGCUAUUCUGGCAGCCUGCUGAUGAUCGUAAUCACGGACCGGGAAUCUAGAGCCGCCUCCUCGCUCCGUCUCUCUCCUGUGGAUUUCGCCAUGCUCUCCGCGCCGCCCUCCGGAGCCAAAAGCUGAGGGACAUGGCGCGGAGUCUGCGCCUGCACUUUGCGGCCAGGAGGAGCAACACGGACCCCCUGUCGGCGAGCUGCAGCCUGGGCGAGGGCGCCGGCCCCCAGAGCUUCGCCCCCCAGAGCGUCCACAUGAGGAUAGCCCCGGGGCAGCUGGCUCCCCCUCCGCGGUCUCCCCCGUCCGACUCCGUGCCCUCGGCCAGCGCUGGCUGCUGCAUGAAGAGCACCCUGCAGAUCUCCCUGCAGCCCUGCGGGCGGGGCGAGGGGGGCCCGGACGGCCCGGACGGCGGCCCCCGCAGCGGGGACCUGGCCCCAGGCCCGGACAGCGGCCCCCGCAGCGGGGACCUGGCCCCGGGCCUGGACGGCGGCUCCUGCGACAGCAGCACGGCCAGCGACGGCGGGUACUGCAGCAGCGGCAGCAUCUUCGAACCCGACGCCCCCGAGCGCACCCGCGUGCCCCUGAGGCGCUGCUCCUCGCUGGUCAUCUUCCCCCGCAGCCCGUGCAGCACGCCGCCCGCCUCGCCCGUCAGCCCCGUGGCCACGCCCCUGACCGUCGCCACGGCGCCAGCACGGGGCUCCUUUCAGACCUCCCACCAGGUCCGGCUGUGCGCGGGCGAGCCAGCGCAGGAGAGCGAGCGUGUGGCCCCCAGGGGCCAGGUGGCCUCCGCCAUUAACGGGCUGCGGCUGUCUAAGAGCAGCGGCCCCGGGGCGGAGCUCAGGGACGCCCGGCCCGUGCCCGCCGCCCCGCCCCGCUCCGAGCGCCGCUCCAGCGUCCUGCUGCACUUCGCCCAGCCAUGCCCGCCCGCCCAGGACUGCCCCGAGCCCCGCCCCGAACCCCGAUACCGCCACGUCAAGCUCUACCGCAGCUCCUCCGCGUGCCAGCCGACCGAGAGGACCCCCGCUGCCAGCCAGGGGUGGCCGGACUGGGGCCAGAAAGGCUCCCAUCAUGCACUGCAGCGGAGCAUCUCUCUGGAAGUGCCUCACCGUAUCUCGUGCCAUUUUGGCUCCAUGAGCGGCCCCCCACACGUGCACAUUCAUGUGUCCCACAGCGGAGAGGGAAGUAUCGGCGCCUUCCUAAAUAGCGCCAACGCAAACCGCAAACCUGACCAUGUUCACAGCGUCCCGGGACAAAAUGCCAGGACACGGGAUGACUUCCUGGGACAGGUGGAUGUGCCACUGGACCACAUUCCGACAGAAAAUCCUAACAUUGAAAGGCCAUACACAUUUAAGGAUUUUCUACUUCACCCAAGAAGUCACAAGUCCCGGGUUAAAGGACAUCUGCGACUCAAGAUGACGUACUUGCCCAAUGCCAACGGCUCGGAGGAGGACGGCACGGAGCAGGGCGAGGAUUUGGACCCUGGCUGGGAGUUUCUGGAAGGACAGGACAUGUCUGGUCCCCAGCACAAUCAGCAACUUCCUGCACUGCCCCCUGGCUGGGAGGAGAGACAAGACAAUCUGGGAAGAACCUACUUCGUCAAUCAUGAGACCCGAACCACACAAUGGCAUAGGCCCACAGUCCUGGACAGCCAGCAGGAAGCGGAGCGGAGGCAGGCCAAUCACAUGGAGGCACAGAACGCCUUCACCGCCCGGCGACAGAUCAAUGACCAUGCGGAUGGCCCGCAGCAGGACUCUCCAGAGACCUGGGAGAUCAUCUCGGAGGAUAUGAACACCUUCUGUAACGAAAUGAGCCAACUGCAGGCCUCCGGGUCGAUCGGCAGCUUCCGCCACGCCUCGCUCACGCCGCAGAGUCAAACCAGUCGCCGUGGCCGCAGUCAAACGCUGUCAGGAGAGGAACGUCCCACCCCACCUGUGUUCGUCCCGACCUCGACGGGGCUGCCGCCAGGCUGGGAGGAGAAGCGGGACAGCAAGGGCAGGCGUUACUACGUCAACCACAACAGCAGGACCACCACCUGGACCCGCCCGCUGGUGCAGACGAUUUCGGAGGCCGCGCAGGUGGCGGUGCCCCAGGCUGUUGCUGGGCUCCGGCCCUCCCAGCCUGCCCAGGCCUCCCCAGAGACGUCCCCGCAGCACUCCCCCAGCCCCCUGCCCAAAAUCAAGGCUGGCCUCAUGCCCCCGGGAUGGGAGGUCCGCAGCGCCCCCAACGGCCGCCCCUUCUUCAUCAACCACAACACCAAAACCACCAGCUGGGAAGAUCCCAGGUUUAAAAUCCCUGUGCAUAUGAGAAGGCGACCUUCACUGGACCCCUCCGACCUUGGACCACUCCCUCCUGGGUGGGAAGAGAGGGUUCACAGUGACGGAAGGAUGUUCUACAUAGAUCACAAUACUAAGGCCACUCAAUGGGAGGACCCCAGAUUACAGAAUUCAGCCAUAACUGGACCAGCUGUGCCUUACUCUAGAGACUACAAGCAGAAGUAUGAUUUCUUCCGGAAGAAGCUGAGGAAACCGGCCGACAUCCCCAACCGCUUCGAGAUGAAGCUUCGGCGCACGGCCAUCAUGGAGGACUCCUACAGACGCAUCCUGUCCGUCAAGAGGGCUGACUUCCUGAAGGCACGCCUGUGGAUUGACUUUGAGGGGGAGAAGGGGCUGGACUACGGCGGCGUGGCCCGGGAGUGGUUCUUCCUCAUCUCCAAGGAGAUGUUCAACCCCUACUAUGGGCUGUUUGAGUAUUCGGCCACGGAUAACUACACGCUGCAGAUCAACCCCAACUCCGGACUCUGCAAUGAGGACCACAUGUCCUACUUCAAGUUCAUCGGGCGAGUGGCCGGCAUGGCGGUCUAUCACGGCAAGCUUCUAGAUGCGUUCUUCAUUCGGCCCUUCUACAAGAUGAUGCUGCAGAAGCCUAUCGCCCUGCAGGACAUGGAGUCUGUGGACAGUGAGUACUUCAACUCCCUGAAUUGGAUUCUAGAGAACGACCCAACAGAUCUGGACCUGAGAUUCACCGUUGAUGAGGAACUCUUUGGACAGACUCAUCAGCAUGAGCUGAAGCCCGGGGGAGUGGACAUUGUGGUCACGGACAAAAACAAGAAGGAGUACAUCCACCUCGUCAUUCAGUGGAGGUUCGUGAAUCGGAUACAGAAACAAAUGACUGCUUUCAAAGAGGGAUUUUACGAGCUGAUACCUCUGGAUCUCAUUAAGAUAUUUGAUGAGAAUGAGCUGGAGCUGCUGAUGUGUGGCCUUGGGGAUGUGGACGUCAACGACUGGAGGGAGAACACCAAGUACAAGAACGGCUACUGCGCCAACCAGCCCGUCAUCCAGUGGUUCUGGAAGGCGGUGCUGCUGAUGGACGCGGAGAAGCGGAUUCGUCUGCUGCAGUUUGUGACCGGCACGUCCCGCGUACCCAUGAACGGGUUCGCUGAGCUGUACGGGUCCAAUGGUCCACAGCUGUUCACCAUUGAACAGUGGGGUACGCCUGACAAACUGCCCAGAGCCCACACUUGCUUCAACCGCUUGGACCUUCCUCCAUACGAGUCAUUCGAGGAGCUGAGGGAGAAGCUCCACAUCGCCAUCGAGAACGCGCAGGGUUUCGACGGCGUGGAUUAGGGGGCGUAGGCGAGAGUAACUGAAGAAGCACUCUAAUUGGUGGACACCGCCGGACACCUCCGUACCCACGCAGGCACAGCACAUCGGCUGUCAAUCAGAAUCUAACGGAGGAACGCAGGAGGCGGGCUGUUUCCAGAACGCUAAGCACAGUUCUCCCCCCGGCUGCAUGUUCUUAACGGGCCUUUGGGGCUUCAGUUAAAUAGUGAAGAGCUCAGAUAUAUCCCUCCAAUCAGACAAAGCCUUCCUUUCUCUGGUUGUCUCUUCUUUACAAAAAGGUUUACAGAACUCGGGCCUGGAUGCAGUCCUGCCACACAGAGCUUUGUGCUUCAUUCACAAACAUAUGCAAGCGUUUCCUUUUUUUGUUGUUGUCACUAACGCCACAUUAUUAGUUUGUCUCAAUAAUGGAAAAUUUAAAAAGUAGCAUGAAAAAUGGAAAAAGUACACGAUGCUCCGAGAUGCUUGUAUUUGUGUAGUUCAUAAUUGUACAGUUUAUGUUAAUGUGUAUGUAUCUAUACAGAUACACAUAAAGAAUGUUCAUAAAUGUAUACUUCUCUAUCCUUGAAUAGGUCUACUAUUUUGAAAGGGGCAUAUAAGCUAUAUGGAUUCAUAGGCUGACCUGGAGAAAUACAUUUGGUCUUAUGCAGUAGAAACUGAUAUUUUAUCAGAGUGAAGGAUGGCCAGUGUUUCGGAACAACCAGGAGAUCCGUCAAAUAAUAUCCAAUAGCAGUCUUACAAACUGAAUUUCCUUUAGUCUUGUGAUUAUCUUUAAUUGGCUGACAAUGUAUCCAUCUUUUCCAGUGUCUUUCCAACACGGGUUUACAGUCACAUUUAAAAGUCAUGCGCUGCACUUUGAUUGUGGAUUACUGAAAGUAUUGGCUGCUCUCUGAAUCAGGGCUCUGCAGCACUGUGCAUCUGUUUAAGUGGUGGUUAGUUUACAUCUGUGUAAAAUAUGUAAACACAGUGGCGGUGAGUCCUGAGAAAUGAGUGGGAAAACAUGCUUUUAAAAAAAAAAAUAAUAAUAAUAAUAAAUAAAUAAAAAUUUUGAUGAUUAAUCACCACAGCUAUUAAACAGGAUGUCUCCUUAGCAACACAUUCCUGUGUUUGGGGUUGUUGCAGGACAGUACCCUCUCUGCACUCGAUGUGAAAUCAUUUUAGUUCUGUCAGUUAAGAUGCGUUGCAUGAAGAGUUGAAUUGCAACAGAGGUCACUUUGAACUUUUAAUCAGUGUUUAUUUUAUUUCAGUUUACGUGUUUCGUUUUCGUUUUUAAUUUUGCCCUCCCAUGUUGGAAAGGUGAAUUCUAUUGGUAUGCCUUUGUCACCACUGCAACAUUAUCUGUCCAUUUGGGAGAGAUAUCUGUAGACGGGCACACGUCGGCGCCGAGGGCGCGCUGCCACCCAGCGCUCUGUACACUGCGCCAUUUUGUGCCCCGCUGGCACGGGUGCCUCUCCUGGGGAUGAGACGGACGACCCUGCGCUGGCUAAAACGCUCCCUGUAUGCUGACGCUGUCCUGCGAGUCUGCUGGUCUCAGUUGGCCCCAGCACGGUUGCCGUUAGAUACCAGGUCACGGUGUGGCACUACACUAAGGACCAGUGCUUAUGCAGGACAAGCCCCCCCCCCCCCCCCCUGAGGACAAAUCCCAAUGGCUUGUGUCUUACUGUCAUGACUAAAAUAAUUUUUCUGAUGUGCUAAGUUAACACUGUCGUUUCAGAUGCAGAUAAAAUUGAAAAGCCAGCCAAAUGGCAGUGAGUUUCAUUUCAUUUCUGUACUCAUUCUUUGUAUCGAUUAAUUAAAGUCAGGUUUUGGAUAGUUGUCAAAGAGUGGAGGUUCUCUACCUCUUCUGCUUGUAGUUGACUAGUUGUCACUAAAAUAUAACUAUUGUACUACGUUUUUUCUUUUGUAUUACUUAAUUUUAUGGGUUUCGAUGUCUAUCAUUUUAAUUGAACAUAUGUUUACACUGUCCAGUGUUUGAAUUCUUCAUUUUAUUUUCUACUGUCUUCUAUGUUAAACGUUUUGACUUUUUAAAAAAAUUUGUGCUAAAGAAUGGAGCACUUCUGCUAUGACUUUUAGUUUUCAAAUGUUUUAUCAUAUGAAUGUUUUCAUAUUUCAAUAGUGAAGGAUUACUUUUACUUUAAAAUUCUAGCUCUCAAUUGAACAUUUGACUAGAAAAUGUUUACAUGUAAACCUUGCUGAAAAUAAGCAAAUACUUUCUUUUUACAUGUAAUUUACAAGACUGUUAAAUUACGAUGCCUUUGUAUAAUAAAUUGUACUAUACAAUAUUUUGAAUAUCAGAAUUAUAAUGCAUUGAAGUAUAUUCUUAUCAUUGGGGAGUAUAGUUUUUAAGGCCCUAAAGUACAAUAUAUUUAAUAUUUCAGACAAAAUUAAGAAAAAUGUAUAUAUCAUAAAUAUGUUGAGUACAUAUGAUUCUGGCAUAUAAGAAAUGUAUUUUGUAUUAAUUGAAUACGUUACUGUACAGUAAUAUUUCAUUAACUUGUUAAAAUAGAUUUUAACAUCAAAAUUGCAUGUCCAUGUAAAUGGUGGCAUAUUUUGAAAAAUAAACAGAAUGUGACUUUCA